AUGGCCAAAGAAGAGAAAGAACCUCCUCCGAUCUACGAGCUCCAUCCUCCGGAAUGGCUGCCCAGGGCCCAUUCGAUGGCGGACCUUGGCUACACCGGGUACUACCCACCCAAGCCAGGCGACGAGGAAGAGACGCUGACCGAGAUUAAUAUGAAAAAUGGCUUGAUUCUCAAUCUUUCAGUGCCUGCAGAGACAUACAGUGCCCAAGAUACUAUCAAGAAUAGCCUGCUGCAUAACAAUGCGAUCUCCGAGCUCGAAGACUUGAUGAGGCAAAUUUUUGUGCGGCGCGCCGAGAGCGUCCCAGCCAUUCCGCCCAGUUCCUUUCGCAUGCCCUCGCGGGUCACACUGAACGACACGAAGCGGAAGACCUGGUUCACGGACCUCGCAGAUCCCGACGUCCCGCUGUACAAGCUGGGAAAGAACGUGCCACACGGCGCCAAGGGCCACGACCUCCUCGAUCUGCUGCAUACGAACAAUGUCGCGAUCCCGCGUGCGGUCUGGUUUCUGCGCGUCUUUGGCGGGAACGAGACGGCAGGUCUGCGAAAUAAACCUGGAUACAACCCGACGCAGUACAGCCUCGAAUGGGCGAAUGUGGUGACGAGCUACAUGAAGAAGCAGCUGUCUGAGAUCGCUCUCCCGUCCGCGCCGCGUCCUGGGCUGAACAUCAAACAGACGUUCAAGAGCGUACUCGCUGACACCGACUCUCGCGAGCGGUGGAUCUCGCGCUUCACCUACUGCCUGGAGCUCCUCCGAACGUUCUAUGCCGAGGGCUUGGUUGACAACCGGGCGUUCCUCACAUGGCUGGUGCAGCAGAUGGGCAGUUGUAAUCUAGCGCAGCUGGGCUUCGUCGCCCGUCUCGCUGACGAAUACCUCGAUGGAAUGCUCGUCAGCCGGGCGCUUACACAUCACUUUGUGGAGGCGUCUCUGAAUAAGCUGAUGGAGAUCCGCACGACAUCAGCCAAAGAACAUCUACAGAACCUUGAAGCAACGAUUAAGGACCUUGUUUCCAGAUGCUUCCUCGCGCUGCCAGACGCGUUUGUCAGCCCUCGUAUCUGGGUGAUGCAUUCUGCCGUUCUAGAGGAAACCUUAUCAGAGACGUUCGCCACAUCGUCUUCGGAGAGUGCGUCCGAGCAGUGUGUCCAAGCGCUGCGCCAAACAUACUUGGACCAUUUCUCUGAUGUGAAGCGCCGGAACGAAGCCAUGCUUUUUCGGCAUCUCCCUCCGCGUGUGGUCGGCAGCCUUACUUCGGCGCUCUCAGAUAUCAAGCUGCUCAAUUCGCUGUCAGGGAAGACGGACAUGGACACGGUCAUGUUCUUCGAUACGUCCUCCGAGACGCAAACGACGUUCUCGCGGAAGCUAGACAUUCUGCUCACGUGGAGUGUCACAUCGCUGCAGUACGGUGACCACCGUCCGUAUGCGGCUGCCUGCUUGCUGCGGGAAUGGCGCAAGAAAGUAGGGGAGCGCGCGAUCCGCCAUGAGGCGGCAUCGCCGGACGAGUACAUCCAGGAUGAGGUGUUCGAUUGGCUGGACACAUCGAGCGAUGCCGCGGAGCCGGAGAACCUCCCUGCGGUCGCGCUGCUCUUCGGGCAGCUUGUGAAACACGGCUUGUUUUCUUAUCAAGGCUAUGUGCAGCGUUUGAUUGCACGAGGGGAGUUGGGCCUUUUGUUUGGGCAGGAAGUCCAUUCUCGGCAUCGGGACUUUUUGCGCUGGAUUGCCAUUCAUAGUUCGGAUUCGUCCUUGAUCAGGCAGCGAAGAGUGACACUGUAUGGGGUGCGAGCGCGCGAAACACCGGAAGAUCACAAUGAACGCGAGGUUCGGAAAGAAAUUCGCGCCCUGCUCCCAGAGCUGUUUGGGGGGGUCCCAUCGUCCGGCGAGACACUACAGACCAUGUUCUGGGCAAGUUGCAGCACGUUGUUGACAGCACCGCGCUACGAACAAGUUCGCACAAUGAAACAGUGGCUACUGCCCAUUCUUCGCAAGCAUAUCGCCAGUCGAGGCAGCGGCGAGGAUGCCGGAAGCCAUGAUGUUCUCAAGACAUUCACUCUUGCUGUAGUGCUCAUGGCCCGUACGAAAUGUUACGGAUCUAUGCUGGAGGCGAGUUCUAUUUGA